CGCUGGAGAGAGAAUAUCGUUUUGCCGGUGGUUGUAUGUGAGAUUUCGAAGUCAAAUUUCAUCCGCGGAAAUCGUGUCUCAAAAUGAAGCUCGUGAGGUUCUUGAUGAAACUUAGUCACGAGACGGUGACUAUCGAGCUCAAGAAUGGCACCCAGGUCCACGGGACCGUCACAGGAGUCGACGUUGCUAUGAACACUCAUUUGAAAAAUGUCAAAAUGACCCUAAAGAACGCAGCGGAGCCUGUCAGCCUCGAAACUCUCUCUAUCCGAGGGAAUAACAUCCGAUACUAUAUCCUUCCGGAUUCGCUUCCCUUGGAAACCCUCCUCAUCGACGACACUCCCAAGGCUAAGAAGAAGAAGGAGGGAGCCGUGGGUCGUGGCCGAGGAAGAGGACGCGGAAGAGGAGCCCCACGGGGACGCGGCAGAGGCAGAGGCGGCAGACGUUGAGAAACUUGUUUCUAUGUAGUUAUGUGAAUACGUCAUAUACAUGAAAGCGUCAGGGGGCCGACUGCCAACUGAAUGAAUAAAUGGGCUCAAAACAC